ACUAAUCUUGUGUUUCUUUGAAGAAAAGAUUAAAGGGAAACUGAGCCUUGAGGAAUUAAACGAAGGCUUUUUUUUUAAAAUCUUUGCUCUCAAGUUUGGUUUGAAUUCUAUUCUUGACUUGCGAUUUAUGCUUUUCUCUUGCUUAAUUUGGUGGUUUCCAUGCUUUCUUAUUUUGGGAAUUGUUUUUUUAAAACAUCCUCAGAGUAGGUUUUGAAUUGAUAUGGAUUAUGGCUUAGGCAUACCUGGAGAUGGAAGAUGUUUGUUUCGGUCUGUGGUUCAUGGUGCUUGCCUUAGGACUGGGAAACCAUCUCCGAGUGAAAGCCUUGAGAAAGAACUAGCAGAUGAGCUUAGAGAUAAAGUUGCAGAUGAAUUUAUUAAGAGGCGGAGGGAAACUGAAUGGUUUAUUGAAGAUGAUUUUGACACUUAUGUUGUCAAGAUGAGACAGCCCCAUGUUUGGGGAGGAGAGCCUGAGCUGCUCAUGUCCUCACAUGUCCUGAAGAUGCCAAUCACUGUAUACAUGCGAGAUAGAAGUUCUGGUAGCCUUAAAAUUAUAGCUGAAUAUGGUCAAGAAUAUGGUAAUGAGAAUCCUGUGCGUGUCCUGUAUCACGGUUAUGGGCACUAUGAUGCAUUGCCCGGUCUGAUUGGUGGUGCACAAUCCAAGCAGUUCAAGAAAAGAUGAAGAAAUCACAAGAUGGGGAUGUAAUGCUUUCUUGUCGGAAGAUUUCUCUUUGGUACUUGAAAUUAUCUUAUUUCUUCAUGGACUUGAAGUUAUUCAAUAUGAAUCUCACAUACAGGAAUUUGAUGGGA